GCAUGGAACCAUGUUUUGAGGCUAUUCCUUCGUGCAAGUGACUAUACCAAUUUAGGGUUCCCUCAUUAAUCAUUUAUGUAAAAUCAAUAAUAAUUAUUAAUUAUAAUCUUUUAAAAAAUUCUUAAUUAAAUUGAUCGAUCAUGAAAUGUUUAUUAGGGAAAAAUAACAGAUUUAACUAGCGUUUUUAAGUAACUAAUUUAGUAAUUUCUAGAAUAAUUAGUAUAGGCAUUAAUUGAGUUUGCGUUUAGCUGUAUUUCUUUUCCUUAACUUCCUCUUCACGUAACUACCGCAUGGAGAGCGCUGUCUUUUCUAGUUAUGACGUGAAAGCUUCUUAAAAGACAGCUUUUACUUCCACCGUUAAACCCUAAACUAUUUAAUACUUAUACUUUUCACCCCUAAUAUUUUAAAUUACUAAAUUACACCCUUGUAUUUAUUUUCAUAUAAAUAGACAUCAAGAACAAAACCUUUCUCCUUGGGCUCUUCUUUCAAAUCUCUCUUCCCUGCUCAUUGCAGGGAAACCACCCCACCCCUUCUUGAAUCUCUUUUGUUCACCAUGGAAGUCAAAAACCAGAUCAAUGGUAGAGAAGAAGAGAUCAAGAACAAGAUGAAGAAGAAAAGAUCACGUGGCAUGCACGUGAUUGGUGUAGCUUUGUACAUGCUUCGCCGUCGUAGGAGGACAAAGCCGUUUAGAAAUGGGUUUUGGCGGCGAGUUGUUGAGUCCUUUCAGCAGUUGAAAAACGAUAAGAUUACCAUGCAGCCACCGUCUAAUAUUACGAUAAUGCCACCGGCUUCUCCGGUGAAGGAGAAACCUCCAGCGAGUAAUGACGAUCGGCUAUCAGAGAUGGUAGAGGUUUUCACGGCGACGUCUUCUUCUUGCUCUUCGGGAAUCUCCGGAUAUGGAUCGGCAAAGUCGUUGCGUGAUAUGGACUGUCUUGAUGAAGAUGAAGAUGAUGAUGAUGAUGAGGAUUGCUAUCGUGACGUUGAUGGAGGUGAUGAGAUGAUUGACGUGAAAGCGGAGGAGUUUAUUGAGAGAUUUUACGAGCAAAUGAGGAUGCAAAAUCAGGCUUAUACAGGACGUUGCAAAGGCAAAGGGACGAUGACGGUCUAGCGAUGAAGCAUAUUAUAUGACAUGAACGUAUGGUUUAUACAUGCAUAGAGAUGUGCAUGUUUAUCACACUGGAAGGUUCUUAGGGUAUGUCUUUGUCUUUAAUUAUAUCGAAACAUUUAAUCUGCAAGAAAACAUAUCAUCUAUUUGUUUAUUUUAUAAAUUUAAUUAGUGUGUUUGAGUGUUUCUAGUCGAUGGUUAAUUUGUACGAAUUGUUUGCAAUAAUACUAAAUUUCUAAAAUA